AUGGAGUUCAUGACCGCCCUCCGGGGCUCGUUCGACGACCAGAAACCGUCCCUCUUCGAGCUCAUCUCGGAACAGCAGCUCAACUCCCUUCUCCCGCCGACGAUCCGUUACCUCCUCACCGUCGCGACGCAGCGCUACCCGCGCUAUCUCCUGCGCGCCCUCAACUCCUUCGAUGAGCUCUACGCUCUCUGCAUGCUCGUCGUCGAGCGCCACUACCUCAAGACCCGCGGCGGCAGCUUCACCGAGAACUUUUACGGCCUCAAGCGCGAAAAGGCCCUGCACGCCGAGAUACCGCGCGCCAGCGCCGCCGCCCCGGGCGUCGUCAGAGACACCCUCAAGCUCGGCACCAAGGAUGUGUGGAUGAACCUCGCCGUCGUCGUCGGCAUCCCCUACCUGCGGCGGAAGCUCGACGAGGGCUACGAGGUCAACGCCCCGCGCGCCCUGCUCGGCGCCGCCUACACCCAGAUGCCGCCGAACCCGACGACGAAGCAGCGUUUCCUGCACUACUACCGCUGGUUCCUGCGCAACAUCUACCCGAGCGUCAACGCAGCCUACUACUUUGCGUUGCUGUCCUUCAACCUGGCGUACCUGUUCGACAACAGCAAGUACCACAACCCGUUCCUGUGGCUCAUCGGCACGCGCAUGCGGAGGAUGACUGGCGCCGACUACCACGCCAUCGACGCGCUGACGAGCGGCAAGCCGAGCGGCGGCAGGGCCGGGGCGCCCCCGGGGUGGCGGUCCCUGCUGUCGCCUCGCGAGAUGGGCCCGCGUCUGCUCUCCAGCCUGUCGCUGCUGCUGCCCAUGAGCAUAUUCGCGCUCAAGUUCCUCGAGUGGUGGCACGCCUCCGACUUCGCCAAGCAGCUGUCGCGCAAGGCGACGGAGACGCUGGACCUCCCGCCACCAGUGGUAUCGGGCCUGGGAGGUGGCAAGGGAGGGGCUGGUGCCGCCAAGAGCGGCGCCGAGAAGGGCAAGGAGAAGGCUACCGCUGGUGGCAGCGACGACGACAAGACGGCUGUCCCGGCCGCCGAGAUGGCGCCCAUCGCGACGCCGUCGCUGCUGCCCAUUUACACGGUGCCCGCGCCAAAGGACUCGUCAUUGUGCCCCAUCUGCAAGGACGCCAUCGUCACGCCGACGGCGUGCCAGACGGGCAUUGUCUAUUGCUACACGUGCAUCCACCGCUGGAUAGAGGGUCUGCAUCCCAUGCAGGAGGACUUCAUGGGGGACAAGGAGGGCAAGUGGGAGAGCGGUCAGGGGCGGUGCGCGGUCACUGGCCGGCGCGUCCUGGGAGGCACGGAGGGGCUGAGGCGGAUCAUGGUGUAA